CGUGUGAUUUCAACAUCUUCAUCAUAGAGUUUGAAGUUGAAGUGGUCAGCAAUUGACCCUCUCUCUUUCUCUCUCCUGAGACUGGUCUAAGCAGAAAAAAGAAACUCGCUUUUCUCCAAUCCUUACUUCCAAAGAGCCAUGACCAGAGACUGGUCUAAUUCAAGAAAUAAUACUCGUUUUACUUGGUCAAACUUCUCCCUCUUUUCAAAUCCUCCCUCUGCUCGUUUAAUUCUAUAACCCUCCUUCCAUCUUUCCCUUAAAUCCAAAUCCUCACCUUCUCUCCUUCUUCAGGGCUUUACCUUCCCUUGUUCGUUUCCCAAUUCCACCCAAUUUUAAUUCCCCUUUCUCUUAUUUGCUUCACCCUUCAAAGCAAUUGAAGUCAUUUUAGCAAAACCCAUUUGUGAUUUUUUGCAGUUAAUUCCCAAUUCAGUUGGAAAAAUACUAAUUCUUGAAGCAAUUCUGAUGUUUGUAGCUUCUGAUCUCCAUCUUCUUCUUCUUCUUCUCCACAGUUCUUUCCUCACCAUCUCCCAAAAAAUGUUGGAUUUUUACUCUUAAACAUGAAUUAAACCUCUGUUCUGAGAGUCAAAUCGUUCAACCCAUCUGCAGAAUCUAUUGGAUUAAAAAUUAAAAUGGAGAACGUUGGGAAUUGCGAGCAGAAACCUUUGUUCAAUGAGCUAAUACAGGGGAAGGAGCUUGUGAAGCAGCUCCAGAUGCAUCUUGAUCCAUCCUAUUCUGAAGAGAUUCGCAAUAUGUUAGUGGAGAAGAUACUUUCUUCCUUCGAUAAAGCACUUUCCAUGGUGAAAUGGGUAGGUUCAGAAGGGGAAGCUCGUCCCACUGGAGCCACCACCACCACCCCUGUCAUGUCUGACUCCCCCCGCUCCGACAGUGGAAGCCCACACAGCGAGGACUCAGACCGCAGAGACAUCUAUAAGAAAAGAAAGACAUUACCCAGAUGGUCAGAACAAGUACGCGUUAGUUCAGGAACUGGGCUUGACGGACCUCUCGAUGAUGGUCAUAGCUGGAGGAAAUAUGGCCAAAAGGACAUCCUUGGAGCAAAAUACCCAAGAGGCUAUUACAGAUGCACUCAUCGAAAUGUUCAAGGUUGUUUGGCAACAAAGCAAGUUCAAAGAUCCGAUGAAGAUCCAUCGAUCUUCGAUGUCACGUACAGAGGAAGACACACCUGCAUCCAAGCAUCCCAUGUAAUACCUGCGAUGGGGUCAUCAGAGAGCUCAAAGCAAGGCCUCACACAAGACCAAAUCCAUCAUCAUCUUCUCCCACAACAGCAGCAGCAGCAAGAAGCACAAGAUAUAUCAUUCAACUUCAGAACAAGUCUCAAAGUGAGGACAAAGGAGUUGGACACAGGGGAGGAGGAGGAGCAGCAGCAGCAGCAGCUCCAGCUCAUGACUUCUUCCUUCUCCUUCCCUUCCACCUCAAUUGGAUGUGUGAAGACUGAGAAUCAAAUCUUCUCUUCACCCACACUGGACCAUUACUUCACAGGCAAUCUCUCUCCUUCCUUUAUAUCCCCAACCACAUCUGAAUCAAACUACUUACCAGUGUCUACUUGCCGGGUGAACAGCUUCGGUGGUGGUGGUCAGAAUUUGCAGACUUCUGAAUCCGAUUUUGCCGAAAUCAUCUCAGCUGCUACAUCAGGAACCAAUUCUCCCAUUGUGGAUUUGGAUUUUCCAAUGGAAUUUGACCCUAAUUUCCCUUUCAAUAGUCCCGAUUUCUUCCCUUCUUAAAACUAAAAUCCCCAAAUUUUCCCUCAUGGUAGGGGCGGGGUUCUUCCAUUGCGCAAUUGUAAUGGAGGAGCCAACUCAGAUCCAACACUCUAGAGCGCUUUGAGACAGGCCCAUGUAGCUUAGAAAUAGAGCUUAUAGAUUCUUAACACGUCGCAUCAAUUGUUUCCUUCUCUUUUAAGGUUUCUCUCUCUACCCCUUCAAAAAAAAAAAAAAAAAAAAAAGAGGUUCUCAAUCGACCUUUAUGUUUAGGAUAAGUUACCAAUUGCAGUCGUUGUAGUUUGCUCUCAGGCCCAGUGAUGUUAAGAACUAUAGAUUGUACCUAACUCAACGGCUGGUCCUGUGGUUGUGCUUAAUUUGUCUUAGUUGAGAUUAUCUAAUAAGAUGAGUUAAUUUCUUCCUAAAGUGUCCUCAGAUUGUAUCCAAUCAUAUUAGCCUAAGUAUUUUUCAAAUCUAAACGUUUAAAA